UGGUUGGUCAGUGUUUAGUGUACUUGGGGACUCGGGAGUGGAAAUACAUGAAGUUACUUGCUCUCUGCUAACACGACCUCAACCCGGAGAAUAAUAUGUGUUAAUUCCUCAAGAGUGUUUAUACAUUAGCUGAAAAGUUAAGGAUUUUGUGACAGUGAUACAAAGUUACUCAGUCUAUUUGAGUGAAUUGUAUACAUCAGCUGAAGACCAAUUACGGUCAUGAGGGAAGGAGGGGUGAAAACAAUUACCGUAGCCAAGAACACCACUCAACAAUAACAACAACACCCCAUGUGACAUCACCCACGUGUUUUUGUUUACAAUUUGAAGAUACUAUAGGUCCCCUCUCACCUCCACCACCAUGAUGUGCCAACAGGAUCCCAACCUACAGCUCUCCCUAGCCAGGCGGGUGACCAUCUACAUAAUCGGCGUCGUAGAAUCGAUGCUCUUCGCUGGGAUUAUCUUCGGAUGGCCGCAGUUAGUUUACGUGCUGAAAGUAGAAGGACUAUAUAGUGACCUGUGUAGGGGGUCUUCGUCUUCUGUUGUCCAUGACGAUCAUAAUGAGAUCAAGCCCACGUCCACGCUUAACCUCUUCUACAACAAUUCUCGCUGUCUUGGUCUCAACAACACCUUCGAGGUCUCCAGGAGUCAUGCCGUGGGUGUGGAACAGUGUGGCCCCCAAGACGAGAGGUUCGCCUUAAUUAGCACGGUGUCUGUCAGCUGUUACAGUAUUCCAGGUAUCCUCGUGGGCUAUUUGCUACACCACGCUGGUCUCCGAGUCACCCGAAUAUCCGCUGGGACGAUGUUAUCUUUGGGUUUCCUCUUACUGGGAAUGACAACAACAGAGUCACCCAACAUUCUGUUCCCGGCUAUGAUCUUACUGGCUCUGGGAGGUAACCAGACGAGGUUGGCUGUUGCUCAGUUCGGAGACUUGUUCCCUCUACAGCGCGCUACAGCCAUCACCCUCCUGUCGGGGAUGUAUGCUGCCUCUGCUGGACUCUUCAUCGUCUUCCAGUACACAGCGUCGGUGGGCAUCCCUCGGGCUCAUGUAUGCUGGUUUCUGGCAGCGCUCAGUUCAUUAUCAGUGUUCUUGAGCUUCAUCAUGCCCGUCCACCACAUACCUGUCACAGAUACCUACGGUGCUGAUCCAAAGGCGGCGGCGACGCAGUCAGCGACGCAGGCAAUGCCUCUGUCGAAGAGCUUAUUGACCGGGUCUUUUUUCCUCAAUCAGUACUGGUUCUUCAUGUGCCUCUUCGCCGUUAACACGUACCAGCAGUCCUACAACGUCUGGAUCACAAAGUCAUCGUGUAGUGUGGAAGAGGUCGGUGUGUACUCCAUGAUGUACAGCUACAGCAACCUUCUUACCGUGUUCAUCAGCCCUUUAGGAGGAGCCUUUACCGACUGCAUGAUUAAGAGAGCCAGCAAAACGACCAACGAGGUGGCCCGACGGGUGAAGGAGGUACAGGCGUACUUCUGGCCCCUGCUGGUGACGACCGUAGCCGCCAUGGUGAACUAUGGGUGUACCCUCUUCUUCCAACCUGCUGCCAUCUACGUGUCGCUGAUCAGUAUGGUGAUAGCUAGACCUUGCACCGUGGCGAUCAGUACUGCCUACAUCCGAGCCAGGUUCCCAGCUGAUCACUUCAAUCGCCUCCUGGGUAUUAUUGGAACUGUCACUUCUGUCAUUAUGUUCUUGCAGUACCCUCUCUUCAUAUGGUCACAGCACAUGUAUUACCCCGCCCACGCGCUGGUGCUGUCGUUGUUGGCACUGUCUUACCUGAACCCCAUCCACCUGCUGUUCACCCCCCUCAUGCGUCACGCUGUUAUAGUGAGGGACCAGCUGGACCAAAGCGAGAUCGGGUGCGCCAGGAUCACCAGAGGACCUCCUGGGGGGAAGGCACCAAACAUUCUGUAGAAAAGUAUAAGGCUAUGUUUUUCUCCUCUCCUCUGUAAGACUUCUUGUGAAGGAUUCUCGCUUAGAAACUGACUACAGAGGAAGUGCAGGAUACCUUGGAUGAACAAGUCCUGGGACAGGCUCCUUUCGGGGACUCUUGGGAGGAGAAAGAGUUCCUAAACAUCCUGCAGGAAAAUGAAUGUCCCUUCUGUAGGACCCUUUUCUGCUCCACUCACAGACUAGAGCGAUGACUCCUGUGUAUCAUUAUUUAUAGGAGGUCCUGGACAGGACGCUCCCUGUACUGGACCCUUGUUAGACAACACAGGAAACCCAAGACGAUUAUCGUAUUACCAGUCAAGAUAAAUAAGAUCUUUCAUAGAACACCAGACGUCUUCAGGAGAAACCUUAACAAAGUUCCUCAGAUAACUUGAUCAACCGAGAUAUAAGAGCGAGUGUUGUGACAGCCUGACAAACUGAGCUUUUGGAAUUACAGGAGACCCUCCAGGAGGAGGAGAUAUCUAAACCAGCAUAUAAAGACGCCUCCUGUGAAUGACUCCCACAAGAUGAUGGUACAGGCCUCAGACGGCAGAAAAUGAUGUUCUGUCUUUAUAUUCCAAUUACUAACAAACAGAAUGUUACUGGCGUUGUGAAUUUUGUAUGAAGUUGAGAAGAAAUUAUGUGACCGAGUUACACUGUUACGUGAAUGUUACUCACGAAAAGUUGUUUUUGGGGUGUGUAUAUUUUAGGUAGAUCAUAGUAUUGUGUUUAUAAAUCGGUUGUGUAUUGUACAACACUGUGCCAUAAUAAUGUAUAAGAUCAAUACUAUAAGCUUACAUACAAGUCAAGCGUACAAAAUCAAGGUUGCUACUACAUGUACAAAAAAUAACUAUCAAACGUAUUAUACCCUCAGGGGAAGAAGGUUCUUACAUCUGUGGUGUAGGUCAUAUACAGGGUGUCUCAGAAACAAAUAUAUACACGCUACCUUACAGAUUUUCAUGAAUACCGCCACAAAUAAAUACACUGUUGCUGUUGUAAUAGAAACAUUCACACGAACCACUACGAAAAUCUGUAAGGUAACCCAGAUUCUUGAACAUACAUACUGUACAGUACAAUACUUUCCACUCCAUAAGGAAAUGUAUUAAAAUGCAUCAAACUGACUCACUUCACCGACGAUAAAAAUAGGAGUCAAAAUAGUAUUGGAAUCACACUGAGAAUCUACCGUAAUUUGAAGCAUCUUAUUAUUCCCACAAGAGAAAAAAUCUAACACAAGAACCUUUGAGAAUCUUGGUUUAGAGAGCCAAUAUUUAUGAUGUAGUUUAUAAGACCAAUACUUCCUUCUCUGACCUGAGUGAUUGACGGAUAUAUAUUAUUUUUCUAGUGUAAAUGAGUGAACAAUUCUUAAGCAUCAUCUAUCUAUUUAUCCAUCUAUCAAUUUAUUUAUUUAUCUCUCCUAUUCUCUCGAGUAUAUAAGAUCAACAACAGAUGCCUUUAACUUCACAUCAGAGGCCUUAACUAUAGACUCAUUAUUUAUCUCCAUUAGUUGGUUGAGUGGGCCCCAGUUCUAAUAGGCCCUAUAGUCCCCAUUAGCAUCAAGGCCCCCUGGUAAUUAAAUAUACCCUAACUCACCUGUUGGCGUUGGUUACCUGUGUAUGUACCGUCUUAAGAGAAAGGUAAACAAACUAUAAGUCUUUCACGGUGUUGGUAGGAUGUUGAACCAUAACACGAAGCCUUACGUUAAUUUGAGACGAGGGAACACAUCUAGUCAAGGUUGUCCCAAAUUCGUCACCAUUUCACCUGUCAUCAGUUAAUCGUAUCUCAAUAUCAGGUCUUUAGAUGUGUUCAUUAUUUAGUCUUCGGUUAUGGGGGCAAAAUUUAGCGUUUAAUAUGAUGAAUCUUUGUUGUUUCAUGAAAAUUAAUGAGUCUUUUGUUACUUAAGAAGGUUGUGUUGGAUUAUUUUUGGUUAAUAAAAUUAUGAAUAAAUAUA